ACUGGACUUUAUUGAAUAUGAGUCGAUUACAAAACAGUCAAGCAAACUAAAAUAACAUGAAAGCAAAUUUCGACAAAACAAGCUACACACAAGAACUGGAAAUCAACAAACUGAAAUGCAGGGAAACUAAAGCGUUGGUUCUGCAACAUACUCCUCCAUCAUCACGUUUUGCUCUCGAAGUCUCAUUGAUGCGGACGUUUAGAGCUUUUGGUGAAUUUUCAGAGUUUUUAGUUGGGAACCCCUUCUUCUGCUGCUGCUUCCUCUAUUUAUAGUGUUCUUUCUGCCCAUGUUCUUGGCGGUUUUUCUUGGAUGCACGAUGGCUUCGUGGGCUUUGAAUUUUGGCGCCAUACCCCACGUUUAGCCGAUGGUCUUCGCGCACGUGACUCUAUUGCCACGUGGAUGGUUCUGAGUCGUGGGCAACCGUUGCUAUUCGUGGCAUCGUGGGUGUACGCACGUGCUUGUAGUUGCUUGUUAUUCGGUAACUGCCUCUUCCAUUAAGAUGAUCGAGAUUUCUUCAUCUUCUGAGUGUGUCGAGUUAUGGCUUUUACUAACUUGUCUUUGAGGGACAUCGUGUGCUGAGUUGCCGGCUUCGCCAAACCCUUUCUGUCGAGAAACCACUUUUGCACUAUGGUGUCGAGAAUUGUAGUACUUGUAAUUUUGGCUUAACAGUUGCCCCCCAAGAAUGUUGGUUGUCGACUGCUUUAGCUCGAAGACACCAAGCAUUUUUUAUCGCAGCCGUUCGAUUCCAACGAUUCAAAUGCUUUGUGCUCUCGACCAUUCGAUCUUCAAGUCCAAUCAGCAGCCAUAACGUCUGAUGACUUCUCCACUAGCUGACAGUUAUAGCCUUUUUAGGGCCAUGAUUUCACCUAUGCCAAAAAGCUGAGAGGUGACAUGAAUUAACUAAUAAAAUAAUCGCUUGGACCCCAAAUUUUUAUAAAUUGCUGCUCAAUGCGGCUUGGGUUCCGUUUUCCCUUCUGUUUAUAAAUACCCUCUUGGUAUUCCUUGUUCAAGCUUUACUCUUUCCUCCAACCUUCAACUUCUUCUUCCAGACUUCAUCACUUCAUCUUCUUCCGUCUUCUCUGAAAUACUUACUGCGUCUUUCAAUGGCUUCCAAUCCUGAGCAAACCAUUCCGUUGGCCACUGAGCUUAAGCUGGAUGAGUCCAAGCGCGUGGCAAUCCCAGAGCCUCCCAACGAAGCAGAGAAGAGAGCUAUCUGGAAAUCCCAGGUACUCAUUCCUUUCUCUGUUAAUGGUACUUUACGCGCCAUUUUGGGUCCUUUGAAAGUAGUGAAGCAUGAUAGGCCCAAUAGUCUCCCUGAAGAACAUGAAUCAUUUCACCCUAGCGUUAGGGGAGAGGAGCUCAUUUUGGCAUUUCAACCCUCUUACCGUAUGCCAUUUCUUUCUGACCCAAAACGAGCCUUUCGUUCAGCCCCUCCUAACCCUUCUGCUAACGACAAGGCCUACCUGAAAUGGUUAGAUAGGGUUGAGGAAGAUAUGAGACAACACUGGAAGGAUGUAGGGAUUCUCGACUUGAUUCAGCUGUCGAGAUCUCCAAUCUCGUAUAACCCUGCUAUGCUGUUGAGUGCACUUUAUUUCUGGGAGAGGUCCACUAAUUGCCUUCAUGUUCCCUUUGGUAUGAUCACCCCCACCCUCUUGGAUGUUGCUGCUAUCACCGGAUUGUGGCCCAUUGGUGAUGAUUAUCACUCUGCACCUGCUCCUGUUAAACCCAUCUCGAUUCCUACUGACAACAUUUCUUUUAGUCGAUUCAUUAAGGACCAUUAUGUCGAGAGUGGUGAGGUGUCUGAUGCUGAACAUGUCGCUUUCUUGCUGUAUUGGCUGUCUGCUUAUGUCUUUUGCACCAAAUCUUUGCGCAUACCUGCCAAGCUUUUGCCUUUAGCCAAUCUGCUUCACGAGGGUCGACAACUUGUUAUGGCUAGGCUCGUCCUUGGCAACCUGUAUCGAAUGCUGAAUGAAGCUGUCGAGGAUAUCCGGAAUACUAAGACCGUCUCUCUGAAUGCGGCUGGACCACUUUGGCUGUUUCAACUUUGGUUGAAUGCAGUCCUCGAAUCUCUUCUGCCGGUACAAGAUAAUCCUCCAACUGUUUCUAACACCAGGAUUGAUGCCCAUAGGCUCGAGACCCUGACCCCUGCUUAUGAUGCGUCGAGUUUCGAAGCUGAUUUCAGGAAGUACUUUACCAUGUUUCUCGAGCUGAAGCACUACCGUUCCAGUUUCUCUCCUUACAGCAAGGCUGUUCGUGGCCCUUUCUGGCUGAGGAAUUCUUAUCCUAAUGCUUCUGAUUCUGCAUUGCCCAAGGAGCACCACAUCACACUUUGGAGGACCCUCUUAUCUCCUAGGGUUUUAACUGUGGGCUUUGCUAGCAGUGACUACACUCUAUGUGGCUACAACCCUCAAUUGGUUUCUCGACAGUUUGGGCUUAGCCAAGUUCUACCCAACACUUUAUUUGACAAGAGUCUAGUCCUGUACCCCGGAGCUAUUAGGAGGGCUUCUGUUUUCGACACGACUGUUCAGUUUUAUAACAAGAGACUCCUCAACCUGAGCCCCUUCACUUACGCUCCUUCAUAUUAUGCCACUAAUGCUUUCAAAGCCUGGUGGUCUGAGUAUUGGGCUCAAAUUUCGAAGCCCCUCGUCGAUUGUCUGCAAUGCAUGACAGAUGCUUUUCUUUUGCAGAAGCAGGAUCCGAAGAAGACCAAAGGUAUACACCUGGCAGAAAUUCGAUCUUUUCAAGAGUUCUUUGGUGUGGUAUAUUACCCAACUCUUCGCCUUCGAGAUACAGUUGCGAAAGCAGCCCAAGUAUUAAGGCAAAAAUGGGAACUUAAAGCCAAGAAAUCCAAGUUAGUGGUUCCUCCUGGUGAGGAAGGUCUAUCUUUUGUUAUUCGAAAAACUGGCUUUAGGUUCCCGUCUUUGCCUACGAGUAAGUUUGCAUUGGCUUUUCCACCGGUCUUGCCUAAAUGGGUUGACCAUGUAAACAUAAAUGUGUUGGCCAAUCAAGCUCUACCUCCUCGAAAGCGAGUGACUUGGACUAAGUACCACCUAUGGAACUUUCCGUAUCAUGUGCCCGUCGAAAUCUUCAACCACAUAUCGCUGAACAUGCGUAUUGGUCAAGGUAAUACUUCGACUUGGCCUUGGUUUUCCUGUUUUACUUCUUAAUUUUUCUUUUGUUUGCAGCUGAAGUCAUUAUUCGACCAGCUCCUCAAGUUAUUUCCCCAGUGGCUCAUUCCUCCAAGGACAAGCCAGUCGUGAUUGAGGAUGAUGAUGAUGAUGAUGAGGAUGAUGAUGUCAGUCUUGCUGACAAGCUCAAGGUACUUUCCUCAUGCUUUUACCUUUUCCUUUUCGAUUUCCUUGGAUUAUGGGCUGACGUAUUUUUCGACAGAGUCGAAAACGGAAACCUAAGCCUGUUGCUUCGGCCAGUCAGAAGAGGGCCAAGGGGGUUGGUGUUUCCACCCCUAGUGGGGCUUCUAAGUUGGCAUCUGAUGCUCAAACAGAAGUCGAUGACAAAGAGGGUGGUGGCGGCGCCGCCAUUCAGGUAUGUUCUCCAUUCUCGAGGGUACCUUGUGACAUUUUUAACCCGUGGUUUCCUAAUCUGAGUCAUCUCUUGUUUGUUUUGUUUCCUUUAGACUGAUGUUCAUGAGCACUCUACUUCCAAUCCUCCAUCCCGUGAGAAUUCCCCAGCUCCCAUUCCUGCAAAAUCCAAAGCUGAAGGUGUCGAGAAACCUCCCAAGGCCGCAUCCUCAGCUAAAAAGACCUCCACAUCUGAGGGAAGGAGGAAGGUCAGGAGCAAAUCUAGUCAUAAGUCUCCUCGCCGUUCCAGAAGCUCCACCAACUCGAGCCCUUCUAAGGAAUCUGCUUGCCAGGAAACUCAGGAUGCAACUUCUCCCAUCCGCGAAACAGAGCCUCUUCCAGGCAAGGAUGACAACCCUAUGCCUCCU